AGAAAUAGAGUAAAAAAGAGAGACAUUCUUUGAAGAUUGGCGGAUGAUGUCUUCGCUGGUACAUGAGACGGGGGUCAUGAUGCUGGUAGAUAGUGCCAAACAGACACAAGUGCUGCGGCCGCAGCGAAACGCGGAGACGCGAACGGAGAACAGAGUUCCACCGACGCCACCUCUCACGCCCACAUCCGCCGCAGUAGCGAGUCUGCACGUACAACAGCGCCCUCCAGCGACGGAUUUGUUUCCUAGUGGGGUGCUGUCGCCUGCGAUAGGACUGAGCGGGUUUCACCCGAUGUUGGAUGGCUACUCCACGCAUCCUAUCCACAUUCCCAUGCCCGUCUAUCCGCACAUUUCGCCGGCCGCGUAUCCGAUUUUCCCGAUGGCCUGCUCCGGUAUGGGCGGUUGGGCGUACCCAUGUUCCUACCCUCCGAUGUCCAUCACCGAUAUUCAGAUGCCAGCGUCAGCCCGCACUGGGGAUUACCGCGAGGGCGUGCCUUUCAUCAAGCAGUAUGAGGCGAAUGAAUACUACAUUCCUCGGGCAAUGGGGCCACCGUUUGCUUCGCGGACGGAAUUUUCUCCUGGGAAAAAAUUCGACUUUGCUCACCUCGCUAAAGCUGCGACAGAGGACGCGGAAACAAGAAAAUCAGCAGAGCAGAUAGCGUUUCCCAGUAAACGCCAGUUGGCGCCGUUUCGGGGUUUCCCGUACCCGCCCCACCGCUUCCAAGCGGAGAAGUCCGCACGACGCGCUCCCGUCCCGCGCCGAGGCAAGAAAGAGUUCAUCUGUAAAUACUGCCAGCGACACUUCACCAAGUCCUACAACCUGCUAAUCCACGAACGCACGCACACGGACGAGCGUCCCUACACGUGCGACAUAUGUCACAAAGCCUUCCGGCGACAGGACCACCUGCGCGAUCACAGGUACAUACACUCGAAGGAGAAGCCGUUUAAGUGUCAGGAGUGCGGUAAGGGAUUCUGUCAGUCUCGCACGUUGGCCGUGCACAAGAUCCUGCACAUGGACGACUCGCCGCACAAGUGUCCGACCUGCGGACGAAGCUUCAACCAACGCAGCAACUUGAAGACGCAUUUGUUGACCCACACCGACAUCAAGCCGUACAACUGCGCAGACUGUGGCAAGGUGUUCCGGCGCAACUGCGACCUCCGGCGCCACAACCUGACGCACACGCUUCAGCAGGGCGUGCACGACGGCGUGUACACGUCCAGUCAGCUCCACGGUACCUUCCCAAACAGACUCGUCAUCGUGGCAGGAGGCGGCGGGGAUCCGCCCGCCCAGUGUCCGAUGGAAUCGCGGCCGGCGGAAGCGACGUCGGCACCGAUGGAUCUAGCGGUGAGGAGCAGCGGCGACGGAGGUGGAGGGCAGCCGACGACUCCGGACGUGUACGUCGACGUCGGGUGCUAGUGGGCUAGUACGGCGAUCGUUAGCUGCUAGUGUCUGCUGCUAGUACGGCGAUCGUUAGCUGCUAGUGUCUGCUGCUAGUACGGCGAUCGUUAGCUGCUAGUGGCUGCUGCUAGUACGGCGAUCGUUAGCUGCUAGUGUCGGCUGCUAGUACGGCGAUCGUUAGCUGCUAGUGGCU